AUGGAGGGAAGGCGAGAAGAUGGGACUGGUGCUGCAAGCGAUAGUGGUGGCGCCUUCGCGGAGAGAAGGCAUGAGGACUCCUUUCAUGAUUCUUCUAAGAGUGCAUGGUACCUAUUUUUACUCACGGUAUCUAUUGGUGGGCAAGUCUCGUCCCUGCUCCAGGUUGUCUGGUCUGUGGAGCUCUCGAAUGGAUCGCCCUUUCUACUCUCCCUGGGUAUGAGCAAAGCGCUCCUUGCCGUUGUUUGGAUCGCGAGUCCCCUAGCUGGGACUUUGGUUCAGCCUUACAUCGGUAUCCGCAGUGACAACUGCCGUAGCCCGUGGGGUAAACGCAAGCCGUUUAUGGUAUUCGGUGGUGCGGCGACUAUCAUAUGCUUGCUUGCCCUUGCGUGGUCGCGAGAGAUGGUUGGUGGUUUCUUGUCUAUAUUUGGCGCAGAUCGUGAUUCGAACGGGACAAAGACGAUGAUUAUUAUCGUCGCAACUCUGUUCAUGUUUGCUCUUGACUUUGCAAUUAAUACGGUGCAAGCUGGCAUUCGAGCAUUUAUUCUCGACAACUGUCCCGCCCAUCAGCAAGAACAAGCCAAUGCCUGGGCUAGCCGUCUAACCGGCGUCGGCAACAUCCUAGGCUUUAUUUCCGGCUACACUGACUUGCCGAGGUACCUAUCAUUUCUCGGAAACACGCAGUUCCAAAUCCUUUGCGUCAUUGCAUCGGUUUCUCUUUUCAUCACAUUAGGCGCCAGCUGCAUAUACAUCAAAGAGCGUGAUCCCCGACUGGAAGGCCCGCCCAGUACAAGCGGACUGGGUGUAGUCUCUUUCUUCCGCCAUGUAUUCAAGUCUAUCCGCGAUUUACCACCGCAGAUUUCUCAGAUCUGCAAGGUGCAAGUCGCUGCUUGGGUGGGCUGGUUUCCGUUCCUGUACUACUCGACAACAUACAUCGGCCAGCUUUACGUGAACCCAAUUUUUGCAGAUCAUCCAAAUAUGUCAGAGGGUGAGAUCGAUGAGGCCUGGGAAGAAGCUACCCGCAUGGGGACAUUCGCGCUUCUUGUUUAUGCUGUGAUUUCCUUCCUUGCUAACAUUCUUCUUCCGCUUUUCGUCGUGCCUACCUAUGGGGCCACAUUGGGGUCUGCUGAAGACGAUAACGAGGGUUCAAUUGACAUUGCGAAUGGGGAGGGGGAUGCAGAUGAGCCUGCUGAACACCGUCGACUAUCAUUUUCCGGAAUUCCAAGCACUGCAGCUGAGCCACUUCUUGAUGCAGUGCCUCACAAGAGAGGACCUGCGGAGGGGAAGCCGACAUGGCUUGCUCGUCUCCAGAUCCCUGGAUUGACGCUCCGCCGUACAUGGCUCUUUUCUCACCUUUUGUUCGCGGCGUGCACGUUUAGCACGAUAUUCGUUUCCUAUUAUCCCGCAGGGUCGGUAAUUAUUGGCUUCCUUGGGAUCUGUUGGGCCGUGACGCUAUGGGCACCAUUCUCCCUCAUUUCCAAUGAAGUUGCCCUCAUUGAUAUUCAGCAUCGUCGCAAGCAUCGCGGGGCGGGAGCUCACAAUGUAGCCCAGGGCACUCCUUCAACCGCUCAUGGUUCUGGGUCAUAUGCAGCCGUCCCUGGGGAAGAUGAUCAUCAAGAUCACGAAAAUGAAGACACCGACGACCGUGAGCAUGAUCACGAUCUCGAAAACGGUCCACUCGGGUCUACAUCCGAAGACGAAAAUACUGCUCAAGCCGGCAUCAUCUUAGGUCUACACAAUGUGGCCAUCUCGUUCCCUCAGAUAUUCUCAAGUCUCGUCUGCAGCGCUAUAUUCAAAGCUGCUCAAAAACCACGAGGUGAGCCGUGGGAUGAUAGUGUGGGGUGGGUUCUACGAUUCGGCGGAGUCGCUGCACUCUGUGCCGCAUGGUUGACCAAGAAGCUAGCCGAGGGGACACGGUGA